CACACACCGAAGAAGAAGAGCGCCAUCAUCGGCAUUCGAGCGGUUGCAAGAGUGUGCGUGAGAGAAAGAGAGAGUCGUUGAGAGAGUGCGGCGAAGGAGAAUGAAUAUAAUCUCGUGGCAAAAGCGAACGGCGAAAAUUCAGAAACAAACUUAACGUGAUUUGAGAACGUUGUGCGUCUUUCUGUCAUUUAUGCGGGCGCCAAACUAACUAAAGCAAAAACAAAUUAAGACACUAAAACGCAGUUUAAAAAAUCAUUCAAGAGUGUGAAGCUGAGAAUUAAGCUCCCUAAAAUAGGUGAAAACAACAAGCGGAAAACUAUCUAAACGGAAAACUGACCUCAUCGUGUUGUUGUUGAACCCAUUGUCUGUUCGUCCUUGCCAUUAACUAGAGCAAAGCUCUUUUGGAGGAUAUCCCCAAAAAAGAGAGCGUCAUACCUCUCGCACCUUGCUUGUUCCCACAACCCAUCAAGAUACUCAAUUGAAUCCAGAGGUCGGACAAAGAAAAAAACGUCAAGAUGUUCAUCGAAGAUGAUGCGCAAAUGGACAGCUUCUGGGUGCAGAGCGCAAUUGGCGCGAUCAAGGCGAUCGCCUUCGUGUACGACAUCAUCACGCUGCCGGUCUACCUGGUUCUGCAACAGCCCUGGAAACGCCGACAGGACUCGCGCCGUGUGAAGGCAAAGAUCGUGAAGAACGAUGACAAUGAGCUGACCUACCGGACCACGGAUCCGCCACGUGAUGUCCAUGUGAAGAUGUUGCAGGAGAACAUCGACACGCUGGAGAAGGUCUUCAACUAUGUGGCCAAGACGUACACGUCUAAACGUUGCCUGGGCACCCGCCAGAUCCUCAGCGAGGAGGACGAGGUGCAGCAGAACGGACGCGUCUUCAAGAAGUACAACCUGGGCGACUACAGGUGGAAGACCUUUACCGAGGCGGAGCGCACGGCGGCCAACUUUGGACGUGGCCUGCGUGAGCUUGGUCAGAAGCCGCGCGAGAACAUUGUCAUCUUUGCCGAGACGCGAGCCGAGUGGAUGAUCGCUGCCCAUGGAUGCUUCAAGCAGGCCAUGCCCAUCGUUACCGUCUACGCCACGCUGGGCGAUGAUGGAGUGGCCCACUGCAUCACUGAAACGGAAGUCACCACGGUUAUCACCUCACACGAUCUGCUGCCGAAGUUCAAGACCCUGCUGGACAAGUGCCCGCUGGUGAAGACCAUUAUCUACAUCGAGGAUCAGCUGCAAAAGACGGAGACCACUGGCUUCAAGGAUGGCGUCAAGAUCUUGCCCUUCAACCAGGUUGUGAAGACCGGACAGGACAGCAAGUUCGAGAACGUUCCACCCAAGGGCGACGACAUUGCGAUUAUCAUGUACACCUCUGGAUCUACUGGAACACCGAAGGGAGUCCUGCUGUCCCACAAGAACUGCAUCGCCACGAUGAAGGGCUUCGUUGACAUGGUGCCCAUCUAUCCUGACGACGUGCUGAUCGGAUUCCUGCCCCUGGCCCACGUUUUCGAAUUGGUUGCGGAGAGUGUGUGCCUGAUGACCGGUGUACCCAUUGGAUAUUCGACUCCGCUGACCCUGAUCGACACGAGCAGCAAGAUCAAGCGCGGCUGCAAGGGCGAUGCCACCGUGCUGAAGCCCACCUGCAUGACUUCGGUGCCGCUGAUACUCGAUCGCAUCUCCAAGGGCAUUAACGACAAGGUCAACUCGGGCUCGGCGUUCCGGAAAUCGCUCUUCAAAUUCCUCUACCAGUACAAAGUGAAGUGGGUUCAGCGUGGUUACAAGACGCCGCUGAUUGACAAAUUGGUGUUCAAGAAGGUGGCUAAGCUGAUGGGCGGCAAGGUGCGCAUCAUCAUGUCCGGCGGAGCGCCAUUGUCAGCGGAUACCCAUGAGCAAAUCAAGACCUGCCUGUGCUUGGAGCUGAUCCAGGGCUAUGGCCUCACCGAAACCACGUCCGGAGCCACAGUAAUGGAUUAUCGCGAUAUGACCUAUGGCCGCACUGGAGGACCACUGACUGUCUGCGACAUCCGCCUGGUCAACUGGGAAGAGGGCAACUACCGCGUCACAAACAGGCCGUAUCCCCAGGGCGAGGUUCUCAUCGGCGGCGAGUGCGUUUCCCAGGGCUACUACAAGUUGCCCGGCAAGACCAACGAGGACUUCUUCGAGGAGGACGGACAAAGAUGGUUCAAAACCGGCGACAUUGGUGAAAUUCAAGCUGAUGGCGUACUUAAGAUUAUUGAUCGUAAGAAGGACUUGGUUAAGCUGCAGGCCGGCGAAUAUGUCUCUUUGGGCAAGGUUGAAUCUGAGUUGAAGACGUGCGGAAUUAUCGAGAACAUUUGCGUGUACGGAGACCCCACAAAGCAGUUCACAGUGGCGCUGGUCGUCCCCAACCAGAAGCAUUUGGAGGAGCUGGCCGAGAAGCAUGGAUUGGCAGACAAGACAUACGAAGAGCUGUGCUCAUCGCCCGUCAUUGAGAAGGCUAUUCUCAAGGAGAUUGCCGAACACGCGAGGAAAUGCAAAUUGCAAAAGUACGAGGUGCCCGCCGCCAUCACGUUGUGCAAGGAGGUCUGGUCUCCGGACAUGGGUCUGGUUACGGCCGCCUUCAAGCUGAAGCGGAAGGACAUCCAGGACAGAUAUCAGCAUGAUAUUAACCGCAUGUACGCCUCAUGAAAGUCAAUGUACUAAACUAGAGGUAGCAGAUGCAGCGACGACAACAACACGGAGACAACUACAUUAGUGGAGCAGCAGCAAUGAAGCUAGUGUGUACUAAUGGCGAUUUAGUAGCACCCCACACGGCAUAGGCAUGCAUACCAAAUCCAAAACCAAACUAGCUUAAGUCCUAAAAGAUCUGAAAGCCGAGCAAGCGUGUGAGAAAAGCAUAGUCACAGUGUGCAUGUAAAGACAAAGUUCUCAUUUACCAAUUGGUUUUGUUUCCUCUUAUUUGCUAGAAUUUUACAAAUUACUCGUUUUUCAUCCUAAUAAAUAAAGUUCGUUGAAGUUUUGUUGGUAGAUAGCUGCAGUCUGCGGAUGGGUUUGGUUUGGUGAUGCGCUGUGUAUGUGCUUAGAAUGCUGUUGAACAGAUUGACAAUGAUAAAGAUAAUUAUAAUUGAACGCCGAUGAUGAGAAUGAACAUUGUAUACUGUACAGUUUUCGGUUUUUAGUACAUUUUUGGCAAAUGAAUAUUGCAUAAACAAUACUUAUUUUUAUAGUAAGCUUAAGUGGUUGCCUAUUAAUUAUGUACAUAUGAUAUAUACACACAUCUAUAUAAAUGCAUAUAUGUGUAUAAUAAAUCUAACAUUUAGUGUACUUCUCUAUGCUAAGUUUAAUGUAUGGAUUCUUGAAGUAAUGAAUUGUAGAAACCAGAUAAGAAAGCGACUUGAUUAUGAAUUAAAAGCAACAUCUGAAAUGUGAAGUGAGAAUUUCCCUGGCAUUCACCUCUUGCUGGCGCAGGGGAAAACUAUCUGGACACAAAUGGAACCAUCCAAAAAUUAUUUUUAAUCACACAAAGGCAGAAAGGUUACAAAUGGCAAAUGUAAAAUAUAUUUUAGCUCAAUUUAGUUAAAGUAAAACCCUCACAUCAAUUAAAUUUUAUCAACUAUAUUAUGUCGAACACAUAAAGAGAAAAGUCAAAAUUAAAAUGCAACAAAUGAAAGACUUAGUACUAAAAUAUUAAAACUAUGGACAGCGCUAUAAGGCCAAACAAAAAUGCCUAAAUUAAAGAUAUAAAAAAACAUUUGUUUUAGAUGUGCAAAAACUUUUUGAAUAAAUUUUAGUCAUAUUUUUAGUUAAACUAUGUAUUUAGCAAACUUUAGCAAUUUUCUGUGGGAAACGUUGCGUUUCUCUAAAAUAAAAUUCAACUGAUAAAAACACA